AGUAAGCAAGUGUUUACAAAUUAGUGGUAUCGAAGUACAGUGUUUGCUAUUCGAUGCGUUUAACCUCAAAUAUUUCCUCAACGUUCGAAUAUUUUCUCAAAAGUCACAUUGAAUAGCGAACAAUGGAAAUCAAUGGUGACGUAGUUAGGUUGAAGCAAGAGAUGGAUGAUACUUGGCUAAGUGCAGGUGAAGAUUAUAUUUUCAAUUCAGUUAACUCAGGCGGAGACCAAAAUUUUGAAAAAUUCAGCUUCUAUAAAUCUUCGACUAAUCAUAUAAAUGAGACUAUGGCGUUACCUGAAAAGUUAGAUAAAAAAAUAUCCAUAGAAUUUGAGUAUAAAGAUGUUAAACUUGAAUUGCCGUCUCUAUCGACAACUAUCUGCAAAACUGAGUAUCAAAGUUAUCCAUCUAUUGUGAAAAUAGAAAACCAAAUUCAAAACAGUGCCAUAAGUGAACCUUUAAUUAUUAAAACCAAGUGUCAUAGUUGUUUACCAAUUGUGAAAAUAGAAAACAACGUUCAAACAAAUUAUCUGUAUGAAAAAAGGCUCUUAAAUUUAAUAGAAAAAAAUUUCGAUUACGAUAAAAACAAUCAAUUUCAAGAAAAAUCUCGAAUAAAGGUGAACAGACCAAAGAAAGUAGAAAUAUGCAUGAAAAAAACACAAAACAAAUUAUCUCAUAAGUGUAAUUUGUGUCGAAAAAUUUAUGAAGGAGAAGCGAGUAUAAAAACACAUAUUAAUACGACACAUGAAAGCACUGGACAAUAUGAAUGUGACAUUUGUCACAAAUCAUGUUCAUUCCAGGGUAACCUCAUUGAGAACAUGAAUACAGUACAUGAUCGAAGCAAGCCCUUUAAGUGUGACCUUUGUUACAAAUCAUUUAGACAGAAAGGUACCCUCAAAUCUCACAUAGAUGCAGUACAUAAUCAGAACAAACCCAUCGAGUGGUAUUUAAUUUACGAAUUCACGCAAAGAGCGCGGAAUGAACCAAACAAUUGGAUAAGUAGUAUCACGGACGGCACUCGCAAAUUGGAUGUUAUCCUGACAAAAGAUUCAUCGGAUAAGAUAAAUUGGGGUAGAGGUACCAAAUUAAAAAUUAUAGGAGAUUUAGUGGAAAUUGAUUCAACUUACUUACUGACGAUUUCGAGUCCGUGCAAUAUAACAACAUUAGACGAGAAACCCAUGGGAUUAAAUGAUUUGUUAAACGGAUGCACGUUAAUUUACAAGGAAACGACUUAA